UUCUUAAUCCCGAAGUAUGUAAAAAGAACGCCUUGACCAAAAAUAAAACGCCUCUUCCUUGUAUUAAAAAAAGAAGAAAAAGAAAAAGAAACGUUCGCCAUCCCCACAACUAUAGUCUAUAAAUAAGCACUCCUAGCUUUGCUCACGUUAUUAGUAUUACAAUCAAUCACUCUCUCUCUAUCCAAUUCAAUAGCGAUGGCAGACUCUGUUGAUGUUACUCACGAUCUUCACUCCCUCCUCUCUUCUCCCGAUAGAGACUUUCUUCUUCGUAACAACGGCGAUCAGGUUAAAAUUGACAGCUUGAAGGGGAAGAAACUUGGUUUAUACUUUUCAGCAUCAUGGUGUGGUCCGUGUCGAGGUUUCACACCAACAUUGGUUGAGGCGUACAAUGAACUCUCUCCAAAUGGUGAGUUUGAGGUCGUUUUUAUCACAGCUGAUGAGGAUGAUGAAGCCUUUAAAAGCUACUUUUCCAAGAUGCCGUGGUUGGCUAUCCCGUUUUCUGAUUCAGAUACACGCAAUCGCCUUGAUGAACUGUUUCAUGUAAAUGGAAUUCCUCAUCUUGCAUUGCUUGAUGAAACUGGCAAAGUUGUCGCCGAAGAUGGAGUUGACAUUAUCCGUGAAUAUGGACCUGAAGCAUUCCCUUUCACAUCGGAAAGGAUCCAAGAGUUAAAAGAUCAAGAAGAGGAAGCUAAGAGGAAUCAGUCCUUGAGAUCUAUUUUGGGCUCUCGUUCCCGUGAUUUUGUGAUAUCAUCCGAUGGAAAAAAUAUACCUAUCUCUGAGCUUGAGGGAAAGACAGUUGGUCUGUAUUUCUGUGCAAAUUCGUACAGAUCAUGCACUACAUUUACUUCACAGCUUAAGGAUGUUUACAAGAAGCUGAAGGCGGAGGGGGAGAACUUUGAGGUUGUGGUGAUACCCUUAGAUGACGAGGAAGAGUCAUUGGAGAAAGAAUUAGAAAGUGUGCAUUGGUUAUCCUUGCCUAUCAAGGACAAAACAUGUGCGAAACUAGUUCAGUACUUUGAACUAUCAGCCCUUCCCACCUUGGUUAUUAUUGGGCCAAAUGGGAAAACUCUUCAUCCUAAUGCUGCUGAGAUCAUUGAGGAUCAUGGGAUCACUGCAUAUCCAUUCACUCCUGAAAAGCUUGCUGAACUCGAAGAAAUAGAGAAGGCCAAGGAGGCAACUCAAACAAUUGGGUCAGUUUUGGUGUCUGGGGAUCGAGAUUUUGUGAUUGAGAAAGAUGGGGAGAAGAUUCCGGUGUCAAAAUUAGAGGGGAAGACCGUCCUCCUCUACUUCUCAGCCCACUGGUGUCCUCCAUGUCGUGCAUUUCUUCCAAAACUCAUUGAUGCAUACCAUAAGAUUAAGGCACAAGACAAUGAUGCACUUGAAGUCAUUUUCAUCUCAAGAUACAGGGAUCAAGCCUCCUUUGAUGAAUUCUUUGCAGGAAUGCCGUGGCUGGCACUUCCCUUUGGUGACUCAAGGAAGGAGUUCCUGAGUCGGAAAUUCAAGGUAUCUGGCAUCCCGAAGCUUGUGGCUAUCGGAUCAAAUGGCCGGACUGUCACAAAAGAAGCUCGAGAUCUGGUUGCGCUUUAUGGAGCAGAUGCUUAUCCUUUUACCGAGGAGAGAAUAAAAGAAAUAGAGGCACAAAAUGAUGACAUUGCAAAGGGGUGGCCUGAGAAGGUGACGCACAAAACACAUGAGCAUGAGCUUGAGUUGACGCGCCGCAGGGUAUAUUACUGUGAUGGUUGUUCUGAGGAGGGACAUGUUUGGUCAUACUACUGUGAAGAGUGUGACUUUGAUCUCCAUCCAAAGUGUGCACUGGAAGACAAAGAAAGCAUAGAUCAUGCCAAGGAAGAAGAGAAGACCAAAGAAGGAUGGGUUUGUGAAGGAGAUGUCUGCACCAAAGUCUGAAAUCUGCUUGUUAUAUUUUGGUGAUUACUAUUUAUACUCAUUUCCAUGUGAUGGUGCAGUUAAUUAAGGUGUUUCUAUCAUGUACUGUGAUUAGUGUAUAAAAUAAUUGAAAUCUACAAAUAGUAUUGAGGUGUUUAAUGUGUACUUGUGCAUGAAAUACUACUUACCAGACCAAAAUUUAUAAUUAUUAUUCAUCCCCUUA